GGCAUACCGCGUACCACCUUCCUCCGAGCACCGCGCGCCUCCGAGGCUCGAGCCGCGACAAACUUAUAAACUCACUUUCCGACGGCGGAAACCAGUCUCCUCUCGGAAAAAACUACCUAUUACGACACGAGAUUCACUUCCAGUCUCUUCAUGACCUCCGACGAGUCUGAAUAACUUUUAAGUGACUUGCAUAGAAACUUUAAAUAAGUUUUUGGACGUGCUGCGGUCAUGGUUGAACAAAGUUCUCAAUAAACCGGUCUUUGCAAAGGCCGGCCUACAACAAGUUGCUGUAGGUGUUGUAAGCAAUGUUUAGAAGAGGACACAGAGCUCGCUACAUCCGGGUGAUCCUGAAGGGGUCGUGGAAAAGAGUUCCUAUGAAACUGUUUAAGUGGGGAAGAAAGAUGCCCUCAAAGAAGGAGUACGAUCUGGUGCCUGAGGAUGAGUACGAUACGAGAAUCCCGCUUCACCCUGAGGAGGCAUUCCAAUAUGGAAUUUCGUUCCGAGCUAAGUACAUUGGAACUAUGGAUGUGCCGCGGCCGACGAGCCGAGUUGAAAUAGUUGCUGCUAUGCGUCGCGUUCGCUACGAGUUCAAGGCGCGGGGUGUGAAGAAACGUAAAGUUACUGUUGACGUGUCAAUAGAUGGCGUCCGCAUCACCACGACCAACGUUAAGCCUAAGAGGCCGCGAUUCUUUUCUCGCAAGAAGAAGAAGGCUCCGGAACGCAUAGAGAUUAUGCAUCACCCGAUCUACCGUAUCUUCUACGUUUCGCACGAUAGCUCUGAUCUUAAGAUAUUUUCGUACAUCGCACGAGAUGGCGCCACUAACGUAUUUAAGUGCAACGUCUUCAAGAGCAGCAAAAAGAAUCAGGCUAUGAAGAUUGUCCGCACUGUAGGCCAGGCCUUUGAAGUCUGUCACAAGAUGCAGACAAAUGCACCGGACAACCCUGUGCCAUCAACAUCUGCAUCUGACGUUGUCAAUGAACCGGCUCCCAAAGAACCUGCCUCGGAGUGUGGCGCUUCAGAAUCUGUUGCAUCUACAUCGAAGGCUGCUGAUGACCCGAAGGCUAAGCUCACGAGACCCAAGCAUCUCGAUUUGUUGCCACCAGCGCCAAAGAAAGAUGGGAAACGAGUAAACCAGGUACAGAUCUCUAUUCCCAGCAUCAAUUUGCCAGACCUGCCGGAGUGCGUCACCAAAGUGGACGUUAGCGUGCCAGAAGGAGACGCAGCAACGCCACUUAGCUCUCAACAUCAAGUGAAACUAUUGCGGGAGCGUCUGGAGCAACAGUCGCAACAAACCCAAGCAGCUGUUGCACAAUUGCUGCUUUUGCGCGAUCAGCUCGCUGCAGAGCAAGCAGCUCGCUGUGAGGCUCAGGCCCGUACCCAUCAGUUAUUGGUACAUAACAAAGAACUUCUUGAACAUAUUGCUGCUCUUGUCUCUCAUUUACAAGAGAAAGAAAAGGGAAACAGCCGGCCAAUUAGUGCUCAACAAUUGACGCUCUUACCACAGUUGUCUUCAACCGCAAAGAUUGACCGAUGGUUUUCAUUGCUGCCGACGGCACCCACUCUAUCGAGACCAGAGAGUGGUUUUGUGUCUGGAGUGGAGGACGGCGCGGACACAUUGACAGAGGCCAAGAACCUCCUUCUUCAGUUGGGUAACAAAAAGAAGAGACGUCUACUGCCACGCUUCACUAGAAGAAAAAUAUUAGUGAAUAAACAUACUCAGCUAUAACGGUAUUUAAACAACAUUGUAAGCAACUUCAGACUAUUCAUUAUAUUUAGCUAAAUGUAUAACGGCAACGAUGGAAUAGUUGGCAUAAAUGUUCUAUUAUUCUUAAACAAUAUGACAUUCUUAUACAACCAAAAUAACUACCAAUCGUAUUGUUAUAUUUUAUUUUAGCUUUAGCAACAAUAAAUAUUCCGUGGUUCUAAUACUUGAAAUAAAUACAAAGACAUUUAACUAAUAAGGCUUUAUGUGAUAUUUAAUUAGUUUAUCUGAAACACGAUUUAAAAAAAAUGUCACCUCCCUUAAUUUCAAACAUUAAGUCCCUAUCUCGUUCCAAAUGAUGAUGAAGUGCUUCUCAGAGUAUCUUACGAGCGUGAAAUUUAUUACAUAGGAUUAAUUUAAUAUCACCUCGAGUUAUAAGGUUGAGACGUUUCUAACGUCACAUCAACUUUACCCUACUAUAAUUUCGCUAUUACAUGAAUGUAUUUGAUAUACAUAUAUUAUGUAUAGUACAAUCAACGUACUUCAUAUGUGUAUAAAUUGUCACAUAACUUGGGUUCAACAUUAUUAAUUUAAUUCUAAUUAAAAAAAAACUUGUUGAAGUGGCUUAUUCCGGUGUUUAAACAGUGGUAUCGGACUGUUAAAAGUAAUUUAGUGAAGUGAAAAACAAAAAAGCAAAGUAAGAGGCACAUGUUUAAUGUAAUUAUAACAAAUAUUUUUCGAAAUCUUUUGCUUUCCCUCAGUUCUUAAUACUAACACAAUCAGCACUGGUUAACUAAGGCUUUAAUCUAAUAUUUAGACGCGAGUUCCCCGAAGACCCAUAAUUUACAAACCCUUCAAGGGACCUUGAAAAUCCAACUAAUAUUAUUUUAACAUUAAAUACUGUUGAGUUCUUUUGUUUCAAUAAUCAGCAGUUUUUUAUAUGUAACUUAAAAUUAGCUCGUUCAUUGAACCCUGAAAAACUAUAGAAUAUAUACAAUGUGAUAGUUAGUCUUCAUCUUGUGAGCGACACCUUCAACUGACUUUGUAAACUAAAAAUGAUCAAGAUCAAUUUUCUAAGAGCGAGUUUACGUUUAGAACAUUUUUAUUUUGUUAUUAAUACUAUAUAUUUAAAUUUACUAAUUGCAAAACUGAAAUGUUUUUAUUCCUUUAUACAUUUUACCCUUAUGCAUACAUAACAUAACAAAAUAUUUUUUUACCGUAUUAAUUAAAUAAAAAAUAUUUGAUUUUAUCAAUAUUUGAUUUUAUCAAUAUUUUUUUAUCAACGUUUAUCUGCGACUGCUAUAUUGUUUAAUCUUUUUUUAUGUAUUAAUAUUAUAAGAAUAGUUAAUGUAAAAUAAUUAUGAACAAUGUGACAAAAUGCAUUUUUAGAAUACAAUAGACGAAGUUUAUAUAAGUUUAGCUGUUAAGUUUAAGCGCUAGUUAUUUCUGCGUUGGGAUGAAAAAUUAUUAUCAGUAUAAAAUGUUCCACUGAAUGACAAUGUAGGUACUUUAAUUAAAAUAGGUAAUUAAACUAUUACUAAAUAAAUAUUAGUCUAUUUUGACCACUACCUACUAAAUAUUUAAUAAAUAUAAUUGUCAAUAGAUGAAAGGUAGGCAAACUUGAGACCUCGAAGAGAAUGAAGUAUUUGUUACAAAUAAAAUUUUUGUCAUAGUGCCAUAUAUUGUAACAAGAUGGUGCUGAGGAACCUGAAAUAGUAAUACUUACACAUAAUUCUUUUUUCCUGUGAAAAAAUUAUUAGAGGUUUGAAUGUGUAAUUAAGUGUGUUUAUGUACUAAAGAAACUCCUAGGUUCUUUUUAGAUCUCAUUGAAGGAUAUUCUAGACUUCCCUAACACUGUAAAACGAGUAAGUUUUAACGUUAAUUUACAUUGGAUAAGAUUUACUGAAUGGAUUAUUAAAUAAGAUCUAAAAAGGCAGACUUGAAGUUUACAACAGAAAUUUAUAAAAAUUCCACAUAUUACUUCUUUAUAGGGAUUGCGAACUUCAAGUGUGUCAACUACAUGGCUACAAAGAGUGAAUGUAUUGACUGAUAUAAUUAUGUGUUCUUAAAAUUAAGUAUGUUUUGUAUUAAGUAUUAUACGAUGUAUUAACUAUGAA